AACCCUUCACUUCGAGGAAACGAAACUUAAGCGCCAUUUAGCUGUAGUGUGUCUCUGUAUAGUGAAAUGGCUGAAGCCAGGUUUUCUCAUGACCAGUUCAGCUGUUCAGUGUGUCUGGAUCUACUGAAAGAUCCAGUGACUAUUCCCUGUGGACACAGUUACUGUAUGAGCUGCAUUAAACAAUGUUGGAAUCAAGAGGAUGAGAAGAGAGUCUACAGCUGCCCUCAGUGCAGACAGACCUUCAGACCAAGACCUGCUUUAGGUAAAAACACCAUGCUGGCUGAAGUGGUGGAGCAACUGAAGAAGACUGAUCUCCAAACUGCCGUUCCUGCUGGGCCUCGAGAUGUGAAGUGUGACGUCUGUACUGGAAGAAAACAAAAAGCAGUGAAGUCCUGUUUGGUGUGUCUUAACUCUUUCUGUCAAAAUCACCUUGAACAACAUGAGAAUCUCUUCAGAGGAAAGAGACACGAUUUAAUGGACGCCACUAAAUACCUUCAGAAGAUGAUCUGCAGUAAACAUAAAAAACUGCUGGACAUUUUCUGCUGCUCUGACCAGCGUUGUAUAUGUAUGCUCUGCAUGGUGGACAAACACAAAAAUCAUGAUACUGUAUCAACUGCAGCAGAGAGGAAAGAGAAACAGAAGCACUUGGGUGAUACACAGAGAAAAUAUCAUAAGCAAAUUAAGAAGAGAAAGAAAAAAAUUAGGGAGCUGAAAGAAGCUGUGGAGAUUCACAAGCAAUCUGCACAGACAGCAGUGGAGGACAGUGAGAGGAUCUUUGGUAAGCUCAUCAGCUCCAUUAAGAGAAGACGCUCUGAGGUCACACAGAUGAUCAGAGAUCAAGAAAAGACUGUAGUGAGUCGAGCUGAAGCACUUAUAAAGCAACUGGAGAAGGAGAUUGACCAAAUGAGGUCCAUAAAUGACGAGCUGGAGCAGCUUUCACAAACACAUAAUGACAUCCAUUUCCUCCAGAGUUACCUGUCUCUCCCUGUUCCUCCUGGGUCUCCGGAUGUUCCCAAAAUCAAUGAGAGGUCUUUUGAUAAAGUAGGAAAAUCAGUGUCUCGGCUGAGACAGGAAUUGGAGGAUUUCUGCACAAAGGAGAUUGAAAAGCUAUCUGGUCAAGUGAGAUGCAUCCAGAUAAUUCCUCCCCCAGGACAUGUGAUCAAAAAAAAGCUUUUUUUAGUCACAAUAAAACAACAAAUCCUCGAGGAAGAACAGUGGGAUUCAGAGGGAUAAACAUCAUUUUACUGAAUAAAAAAUGAGUGCACGCUCCUCUGCCCUGAUCUCGCAUUCUUAUGCAGUGCUUUGAAACUAAACAAAGCCCCAGUAAAGCCCUGUAAGGGACAUUUGAUUAUUAUUGGUAUUAGUAUUUGUUUUACUUAGAAGAGUUUUGUUAAAUUGUCUGAAUGCUUCAUCAAUAUGCAUGUUAAAUAUGUAUUAAUAUGUAUGAAAUAUGACACAUGUUAAAUAUGUAUUAUAAUUGGAUGAGCAUCCUGGUUUGAUUUGGAUAUAAAUCAAAUCAAUAGAUGGCUGACAGAGUAGCAUUGCUGGCAUGAUCUCCUGGAAAUCUCAGUCUGUGUUAUGCUCUAUCCUGCUCAUCCUCUCCCUAUACAAGACAUGUCGCUGAUUUAAAUAAUUGGUACAACAUUUAGAAGUUUUUUUGUUUUGUUUUUUGUCUUUCAACUUUCAGUCCUGUCUACUAUAUUUCUUCUUUUUGUGCACUCUAUCCACAUGUCCUCAGUUAUGGAUCAAGCGUUCAGAAAUAAAGCUCUGAUGGACAUGCUCCAGCAAAUUAAAAAUGAUAUGCUGGCUCAUUUUGAUGCUAAACUUAACCACAUUCAAUGUAGCGUCAAUGCAAUGAAUGACUCGCUUAAGUCACUAGGAGAACAAGGCCUAACCUGAUUUUACCAAGUGAGACAUGUUCCUGGGACAACAUCGUUGUUGACCCUGGAACAACAUUGUGAUUAACCAAUCAGA